GCCGAGCGCGAACGCGAGUGCUACUAAGUGAUCCUACUAGUCCACAACUUUUAUAUUUUUCUACUUUUAUAUCUGAUAUUUGUAUAGUUUGUUUAUUUUAUUACUUAGAAGUUAUAUUUUCUCAUCGUUUUAUACGCUUCUGAUCACGUACCUUAAUUUCUGAAAGCAAGAAAAAUAACGGAACGUUGUAAAAAUUUCUAGUAGAGUGAAAUAAAAUCAAUGUUUUAUUAAGUCCUACUCGACCGAAGAAACGAAACAGAGAAUCCUCACACAAUGCAUAUAGAAGUACAAGUCGCUUUGAAUUUCGUAAUAUCGUACCUGUACAACAAACUUCCCCGCCGACGAGUGAACAUCUUCGGCGAAGAGCUGGAGAAAGCUUUAAAAGACAAAUUCCAAGGCCACUGGUACCCGGAGAAGCCGUUCAAGGGGUCGGCGUUCCGGUGCCUGAAGACCGGGGACCCCAUCGACAAGGUGCUGGAGCGCGCGGCCCGCGAGAGCGGCGUGCCCAUCCAGGACAUCCUGGAGAACCUGCCCCAGGAGCUGGCCGUGUGGGUGGACCCCGGCGAGGUGAGCUACCGCAUCGGCGAGAAGGGCGCCGUCAAGGUGCUCUUCAGCGACAAGAGCGACCCCCAGGACGAGAACUCCGCCGACCGCGAGGUCACCAAGACCUUCAACCCCGAGGCGCAGUGCUUCAGGCCCAUCGAGUCCGUCAGCUGCAGUCUGAGCAACCUGAGCCUCUCCCCCAAGUCCAUCACGCCCUUCGCCGCCGCCGGCCAGUCGGCCGCCGUGGGCGCGCAGCUGGCCCCCGUCGCCCCCACGCAGCCCAACCAGCCCAUCACCUCCACCAUCAACCACUUGACUUCGCCCUCGGCAGCACCUUCGCCCACUUCGCUCGGGAACUCGUACAAAGGGUCGCCUUCGCCGGUCCCGGCCUUCAUACCCAGGACCACCACGCCACUCACCUUCACCACAGCCACCUUUGCUCAAACCAAGUUCGGAAGCACCAAACUCAAGACCAGCAGCAAAAGAGCCAAUCGAAUGUCUCCAACCGAAUUCUCCAAUUACAUCAAGCAGCGCGCCAUGCAGCAGCAGCUCCACCAGCAGCCCCCUCACCAUUCACCGAGCGGUCGCGCCCUGUCGCCCGACCCCUCCGCUUACUACUUCCCGCACGGCCCCUACGGCCCGCAGUUCCCCCAUCGUUCCAUGUUCGAGUCUUCCAACCAGUUCCUGAGCCCCGACCUGUACUCCGGCAAGCUGCCGUUCGAGCACUCGCCCCUGGGCCCCUACUACCCCAACGGCGGGGCCGUGGGGGCGCCGCCCUCCGCGCCCGCCACCCCCCAGGACAGCGGCAAGCUGGUCGACAACUGGCCCUACCCCACCACCGGCCAGUACCAGCACCUCCUGGUGGCCAACUGAGGGUCCUCCUAGACGCUUCGGGUUACCUGCUGUUACUUAAGCGGCGGCGCCCCGCGCGGCCCCUAGCCCGGGGGCCCCGCCUCUGCACCCCUAGGAAUAAUCAUAAAUUAUUAAUCUUAUAUAUUAUAAGAGAAAGAUCCCAGCUUGAUACUUGAUAGAUUUUUUUAUAAAUCGUAGCGUAGCGUAAUUAGAUGUUUCUUACUUUAUAUAAAUGGUGUUUACAGUAUUCUUGUAGAGUAGAGUGUUUUCUAAAUUUUUUAUAUUGUAUGUAUUUUUUUAUUUUUGUAUGAAAAGCUCAAGCUGACAUCUAGUCCCAGAAAUUCAUGUAUAAUGUAUUCAAUAAGUGUUGGCAUAUCAUAUCGGGUCCUACAAACCAGGAGUUUUCUCAGUUUUGUGCUCGUUUCACGCCGCCGCGGUCCGCAUUUGUGGCCGCGAACUGCAGGUUCGACCGCGGUCCAAGCAUACUUCACUUGACCAAAGUCCCUAGAUUGGCGCAAUAAUGUGAUCUGUUCUCAAAAAUUGUGAUAGCGGGAAUUGUGACGCGGGUCGUCGUGUGAAGCGUGCUUUAGGACGAAAUCCGUUCAGUAUUGCAUGCUGCAGCCCAAGUUUUGAUGUGGGUCCUAGAUGCUUCCUUUAUUCUCAAAUUUAAACGAGAUAAAUUGUUACUAUUUUGUACUGCUUGUUUUUUUGUGUUUUUUUAUUUCCACUGAUGUUUAUUUUUAUUUGUAUAAAUUGUUGAAGUUAAUAAUAAUAUAUAUUUUGUUAUGA